GUAAAGGGGAAGACGCACAAUAUGGUACCCGCUUUUUUUCUCAGAACAGUUAACGUUAAAACAAUAUCGAAAUAUAGACUUGUUAAGAAAAAAUACUUGCACUACCUCCAUGUCAACAGUCCUGAUCCAAUGCUACAAUGCAGUCGGCGUACUUUAUUUAAACCAACUGCAUUAACGCCGUGCUGUGCCGCGCAAAGCCCGUCGGGAAACACAGCGCCGGUCGUCGCCAUAUUGGAGUACAACUAUUGUUAUAAAUACUGACGGGGGCUGCUGCUGGCUGAGUUUACAUGUUUUCAAGGAAGAUAUUUUGAAAAAUACGACGAAAGCUCCUCUGGAGGUCAUGAAAGAAAUGUCAACGACUAGCAACAGUGUGCUUGGCGGGCAGCAGCCUCAGAAACACUAUGGGAUCACAUCCUCCAUCAGCUUGGCGUUCCCCAGGGAGAUCGAUCACAUGUACACCCAGAAACUCAUCGAGGCCAUGAAGCCUUUCGGGGUGUUUGAGGACGAGGAUGAGCUCAAUCACAGAUUGGCCGUUCUGGGGAAACUCAACAUGUUUGUCAAGGAAUGGAUUGCAGAUAUUAGUGAUACUAAGAACCUUCCCCCCUCAGCUGUAGCCAAUGUCGGUGGGAAAAUAUUUACAUUUGGGUCCUAUCGACUUGGAGUGCAUACUAAAGGGGCGGAUAUCGACGCGCUGUGUGUGGCUCCCCGUCACGUGGACCGCUCCGACUUCUUUCAGUCUUUCUUUGAAAAGCUCAAGCAGCUCGAGGAGAUCAAAGACCUACGGGCUGUUGAGGAUGCAUUUGUACCAGUUAUCAAGUUUAAGUUUGAUGGGAUUGAGAUUGAUCUGUUGUUUGCGAGACUGGCCCUGCCGUCCAUUCCCGACAACCUGGACCUGCGAGGAGACUCUCACUUGAGGAAUCUAGAUAUCCGAUGCAUUCGCAGCUUAAACGGUUGUCGAGUCACCGAUGAAAUCCUGUACCUGGUGCCAAACAAGGAGAACUUCAGGCUAACGUUGAGAGCCAUCAAGCUGUGGGCCAAGCGGCGGGGAAUCUACUCCAACAUGCUGGGCUUCUUGGGGGGCGUGUCCUGGGCCAUGCUGGUGGCCCGAACCUGCCAGCUGUACCCCAACGCGGUCGCCGCCACGCUGGUGCACAAGUUCUUCCUCGUCUUCUCCAAGUGGGAAUGGCCCAACCCGGUCCUCUUGAAACAACCUGAAGAGAGCAACCUGAACCUGCCUGUCUGGGACCCACGGGUGAACCCCUCUGACCGGUACCACCUCAUGCCCAUCAUCACGCCCGCGUACCCGCAGCAGAACUCCACCUACAACGUCUCCACCUCCACCCGCACCAUCAUGAGCGAGGAGUUUAAGAACGGUCUCAAUGUCACCGAUGAAAUUCUUCAGGGGAAAGCGGAUUGGUCGAAGCUUUUUGAGCCGCCAAACUUUUUCCAAAAAUACAAGCAUUACAUUGUACUGACAGCCAGUGCAUCUACUGAGGAGAAUCACUUAGAAUGGAUCGGUCUGGUGGAGUCCAAGAUCCGGGUUCUGGUGGGGAAUCUGGAGCGGAACGAGUACAUCACUCUGGCCCAUGUGAACCCGCAGUCCUUCCCCGGGUCCAAGGAGAACAGCAGCGAGAAUGAAUACAUUUCCAGGUGGUUCAUUGGAAUCAUCUUCAAGAAGGUGGAGAAUGCGGAGAGUGUGAACAUUGACUUGACCUAUGACAUCCAGGCUUUCACAGACACCGUGUACCGACAAGCGAACAACAUCAACAUGCUGAAAGACGGCAUGAAGAUCGAGGCGACGCACGUGAAGAAGAGGCAGCUCCACCAGUACCUGCCUCCGGAGGUCCUGCAGAAGAAGAAACGGAGCAUGGCGGAUUUGAACCGCAGCUCCGGCGGCGGGACAAAGCGCGCCUCUCUGGACAGCAGCACGCUGGACAGCUCCAGGGACACGGACUCGGGCACGCCCUUCACCUCCCCGACCCCCGUCAUCAAGCCCCGGAAGCCGGCUUCUGACACGGACGACAGCAUCACCCCUCCCAAACCCCCCGCUCUGCUGUUUGCGGAGAGCCCGCCGCCCGAGGAGGCCUCUCCCCAGAGCACCGAGCAGGGCAUGUCCAUCCCUGUGAUUGGCUCCAACCCGGUAGCCACGCCCCCAGCCAUGAGCGCAGCGCCCCCUCCUGGCAGCACCAUCCCCACGGUGGUGGGCAGGAGCGUGGUCCCGCGGCACGGCUCCCCCGGCGGCCCGAGCGAGCUGCCCAACGGCGUGAGCGCCGCCCCGGUGGUCAACGGCACCGCCGCCGCCAAGCGGCCCCACUCGCCGUCCCUGGAGGAGUCGCCCAAGAGGCUCAAAGACGCCGACAAGCUCUUUUUGGGGGACUCGGAGUUUAAAGAGCCCUAUCCACCUCCCAGCAACGGGCAGGAGCAAGGGGACAGCCCGGCGGUGGAAGGGCCUGCUGAAGUUCAGGCGAUGCCCAUCCCGACCAUCGACACGUCGAGGACGCAGAGAUUACCCAGCAAGGAGCUCCCGGACGCCUCGUCGCCCCUCCCCACCAGCAACCUGCGCGUGAUCAAGAACUCCAUCAGACUCACCCUCAACCGAUAGCAGCGAAGCGUUGUCCAGGUAACCCUGCUGGGUCACCCCGCUGACCCCCGCCCCCCCCUUUUUAGUGCACACUCACUGCUGGUGCCGGGACCCCCUGGAGAAGGGAGCAGGACCGCGGGGGGGGGGGGGUAAUGUGUUUUUAACACCCCCACACUGCUGCCCUGCUGGACGCUUGCAAUCUCUCCCUGAAAUGAUCAACUGCCAAUCAAGAGUAUUGGAGGGUGGUAGUUUUUUUUUUUUUUUUUUUUUUCGGAAUUCAUUGGUCGGUUUCCUUUUUCUUUUUAAACUGCCUUCACGCGACAAAAUACUCUGAGUUGAGCUUGUUAGAAUUCAUAACUUGUACAAUAAGUAUAGUUUAUGUAUAUAAUUGUCUUUAAAAUCACUGUUUAGUCUUUUUUUCAUACACCAAAAAUUGUAGUUUUUAACAAAAAAGAAAAGUUAUAAAAAAAAAAAAAAGUCCUUUAUUUUUUCCCUCUCUAUGUACUGUCAAAAUUGUUUUUUGUUUUUUUUUUUCCUCCUCCAAGGAUAUUCUUUUUCCUUUUUUUUCUUUUUUUAAAUGACUGUAGAGGUUCCAGUGCAGUCAGCGGCUCCUCUGGGCCACGGACCGGGCCAGAACCGCGACCACGCUGCCCGCCACAGCGCGCUCGGCCCCGGGGCCCUGGCGAGCCGCUGUUUCUCAGCCAGUGGAAAUCUGACGCUCCGUGCUGGCCUGUGAUUGGCUGUAGCCCGGGCGGUCGUGGUUCUGGUGCGGUCCGGGACCAGGGUCAGCCUGCUUUAACGGGACGGUCGAGUGCUGUGUGCUGUAUAGCUGGAUGAGUUCCUCCCAACCCCUCUUUUUUGUUUUUUUUUUUUGCCCCCCCCCCCCCCCCCUCGUUUUCCCCCCUCGCUACGCUAACUCCCCGAGAGCGGGGCGGCGGCUCUUACGCCUCCUGUGGAGGCCCCUCGGCUCCUCCUUGGUUCAUGACGUAGAAGGAGGGAGCCCGGCUUCUGCUUUCUCCCCCACGCUCUGUAACUUCACUGGCCCCGCCCAAGUCGGGCGUACAGGAAGCAGCUGCGCGCUUAAGGCUCCUUCCGCACUCACUUCCUGGGGUUCUUAUCAUUUUAUUUAUACCCGCCAUGUUUGUACCUUGUGCUUUUUUUAUAUAUCAAAACCAUUGCCGUUACUUUUCUUCCUCAUUAACAUUGUGAUGACUGCUCCAGCCGAAUGUGAAUCUUCGUUUAUCGCAAUUUAAAAGAAAAAACAAAAAAAAAAAAUAUUUCAGUUCGUUGGGGUAUUGUUUUUGUAGGGCAACAAAUUGUAUUUGAAAGGGUAUUUUUCUAUGUAAUGUAUGGUAUUGUCUCCUUUAAAAUAAUACCAUAAAACCAUAAAACCCCAGA